CCCCCCGAGGGGUUUAAUGAUUGAUGUCGGGCGCUUUGACAGCUUCAGUUCAUCCUGCGGAUUAAAGUGUAUUUACGUCUCUCGCGCCCCGAGCGCGUGGAACGGGACUAGAGCUCGUCCUGGGACCCGCAACCGGGCCCUCCCGACAAAACCUGCGGGCGAAUAGCAAGCGCUUCGGUGGACGGAGCUCGAUCCGGUGUGUGAGAGCGUGUGUGGGCGCGUGCGCGCGCGUCUGGGAUGGACCGUGCAGCUCGCGCGCUUCUCUUCGCUCUGAUCCUUCGCUCCGGCGUCUCCAGCGCACGCGGGGGCGACUCGGAGCCCAGCGAGGAGUGUGGACAGUUCAACACCACCUCGUGGAAGAGGGACCGCCAGACGCCCCGGCUGCGCGUGCAGUUCCUCCAGUUCUCCCGCAGCGACCCAGAUUGUCCCAGAGCCUUCCAGAAGGAGGCGCUGUCGCACCUGCUCCAAAGUCCCCUGUUCAACGCCUCUCUGCCCACCAGGAUCAUCAUCCAUGGGUACAGGGCUGUGGGCUCCAAGCCCACCUGGGUGACCCCCCUGGCGCAGACGCUGCUGGCUGUGGGGGAGGCCAACGUGCUGGCAGUGGACUGGCUCUACCAGGCCUCCUUCCCCUACCCCUUGGUGGUGCAGCACUACAAGGACGUGGCGCUGGAGGUCUCCGUGCUCAUCAACGCGCUCAAGGACCAGGGCAGCAGCCUGGAGUCGUUCCACCUCAUCGGCGUGAGCCUGGGGGCCCAUGUGUGCGGCUUCGUGGGGACUCUGUUCGGGGGGAAGGUGGGAAGAAUCACAGGGUUGGAUCCCGCCGGCCCGCUGGUGAACAGGCGUGACAGAUAUGACCGCCUGGACCCGUCGGACGCACUCUUCGUGGAGGCCAUACACACAGAUGCCGACAAUUUUGGGAUCUCCAUCCCCAUCGGACACGUGAGUUUCUUCCCGAACGGAGGAAAGGACCAGCCGGGCUGCACCCGCUCCUUGAUCCCCGCCGUGUUCAGCUACGUCAUCUGCGACCACAUGAGGGCGGUGCACCUCUACAUGAGCGCCCUCAACGGCUCGUGCCCCUUGGCGGGCAUCCCGUGCCCCUCUUACGAGGACUUCCUCGACGGGCGCUGCUUGGACUGUCGGGAGACUUUCGACGGCACCUGUCCGCGGAUCGGGCUCCAGGAGAAGAGUGGCAUUACCAUCGCCCUCCCGCCGGAAGAGGAGAAGCUCUACCUAUUCACCUCGCAGGCGCCUCCGUACUGCGCGAAACACAUCCUGCUGGAGAUGGAGGUGUCCCCGCAGACGAGGAGCACCGAGGUGCAGGUGACCCUCAGGAGCCUGGGACACCCGGAUACGAAGCAGAGAAUUAAGCUACACACUGGUACGAGUGUCUACAAGCGGACGUUUCCCCUCCCGGUGUCCCUCUGCGCCGUGGACUCCAUCCACAUGCAGAACACGGCCACCUGGUUCAACAGGAAGGAGGACGUCCGCUUCCUGUCCAUCUGCCUCUCGGAGUUCCCCCCUCGCCGCGAGGACGCGCCGCUGUGCGUGACGCACGUCGACCUGUGGAAGAGCACUCCGUGGUCACAUGACUUUGUGCAUCUCUGUUCGGACCCCUGAGGGGCGGGGCUUCGCCGCGGAUAUGCAAAUAAUCCGCACCUGAGCGCCGACGCACCUGCCAACUGCGGAACGGCCGUGCUCCGGACGCACACGCUCGCACGCCCAACGCAAGCAUGAACCUAAAAACGUGCACCCUCUUUCCGCACACGCAGCUGGAGCAGAAGGCCGGACGCCGUGUGUAAGUGUGUGUCUUCUGUUCACGCCCGUGUCAUAAACGCAGCAAUAAAAAUGAAAGCUCGCGA